AUCAAUUAAUUAAUUCGUCAGCUCAACCAACUCUCACAUCAUCUCUCUACCAAUAUCAUACAACUCCGUUCCGUAGCAUUGAAUUUAAUUCGUUAUUCGUGUCCCGGCAGGCACAUUCAAUCGAACAGCCUGCGAGCGAGCGAUAGUUGGGGAGAGUAGAUAUAAGCCAUGGCGGAGUCCAGCAAGCAGCUCAAGUCCGACGCCUUGAUGGACCAGAUGAAGCUUCACCUGGCCACCGAUGCCGGCAAAGAGCUCAUUAAGAAGAUCAACCUCGUUUAUCAGAUCAAUAUCGCUCCUAAGAAAAUUGGAUUCGAUGAGGUAGCAUAUAUCGUUGAUCUGAAGAAGGGGGAGGUCAGCAAAGGUUCUUACGAAGGAGGAAAGCCUGAUGCAACGUUUUCCUUCAAGGAUGAGGAUUUUGUUAAGGUUGCCUUGGGGAAAAUGAAUCCUCAAAUUGCUUUCAUGAGAGGUGCAAUGAAGAUUAAGGGCAGUCUGAGUGCAGCACAGAAAUUCACACCCGAUAUUUUCCCCAAGCCUUCAAAGAUGUGAGCAGAUGUGUUAGGGAGUUACUUACAUUUGGGGUUCUUUCCAUUAUCUCUAUGAAUUGGUAGAGCUUUAGACUGAUAUUUCAAACUUUUGUUGGGAGAGGAGAGAAUUCUGAAGUUCAAUAUAAUAAGACGUCUUUAAUGAAGUUCAAUAUAAUAAGCUGUCUUUAAUCA